AUGAGUCGUUAUAAACAUUUUAAUGACGAGCUUUCCGCAGCUGAUAUCAAUGAAACCGAUGCAUUACCCGAACUUGAUGUUGAUGAACCACAUCAAUUAGAGUUUAAACUUCAACUACGUAAUUAUGCUUCGAAUGCAGUUCCUUCAACAGCGAGUUACAAUUUAAAUCAUAUGAAAGUUUAUUUUUCAAAGCGUACACGUCUGGAACGCUGUUUGAUUUUAACAAAUUUCAUUGUUUUAUUUGUGGCUUUUUGCAUUUUUCUAUCAUGUUUUUAUCGUCAUCAUGACAAACAAGAGCCUGAAAAGUUAUGUUUAACUCCAAUAUGCAUACAACUAUCAUCGUCAAUCUAUUCGGGAUUGAAUCAAACAAUUAAUCCAUGUGAUGAUUUUUAUGAAUUUGUUUGCGGUCGAUGGAUAAAAACGAAUAUUAUUCCUAAGGGUCAUUCGGGAUGGUCAACUACAAAAGAAUUAAGUCGAAAAAAUCUCAUUAUACUUAAAAGUAUUCUUGAGCAAACAUCGAUUAAAAAUUCUUUAUCAGCAUUUACUGCUGAACAAGAAGCAAUCAAAUUCUAUCAAUCAUGUAUGAAUAUAAGUGAAAUUGAACAACAACAAGCUCGACCAUUAGAAAGAUUUUUAAAAGAGAAUUUUAAUUUAACAAUAAAUGACUGGAUGAAUAUUGAUCAAAACAAAACUUGGGAACGUUUAUUUGUUUCUUUAACAAAAAUUCUUUCGACUAAAUACGGUUUUUCAUAUCUAUUACCAAUAUCUAUUGGACCUGAUGAUAAGAAUUCAACAUGGAAUGUGAUUCAUAUCAAUCAACCUCAACUUGGACUUGAUAAUCGUGAUUAUUAUUUAAAUUCAUCGUUAAAUAAUCGAAGUGACCCAGAGACAGAUACAAGAAACAAAAUUAUUCGAGAUACAUAUAUAAAUGUUGCUUCGGAAUUACUGCAAUUACUUGGUUUUGAAAAAAAUCAAUCGAUGAAACGUAUUUAUGAUAUUAUGCAAUUCGAAAUUGAACUGGCAAAAAUCAGUUUACCAAUGGAAGUAUUACAAAAGCCCAAUGAAACAUAUUUUUUAAUGACUUUAAAACAACUUCAAGAACAGUAUCAACCGAUAGGGUUAGAUGUAUAUUCAUUCUUGAAUGAAAUGUUAAAUAUCAAUGUGUCGAGUCCAAUCAAGUUAACUGAAAACGAUCAAAUCAUUGUUCUAUCACUUGGUCUUAUGUUAAAUGUAUCAUCACUAUUGAAAGAUUAUUUAUUAACACCUGAGAAAAGUUAUAUUGUUAUCGAUCAUAUAGUAUUUUCACUUAUAUUCGAUUUAAGUUCGCAUUUAUCGCUUGCAUUUGAAAAAUUAACAUUACCUUUAUUCAAAGAACUUUAUGGAAUGGAAUCAUUACCUGAUCGAUGGGAAUAUUGUGUGAGAGAAACUGACGCUGCUUUCGGUUAUGGACUUGGUGCUCUGUAUAUAAAAGCAGUCUUCGGUGAAGAAGAUCGAAAAAAAGCCAAUGAACUAAUUAAAAAUAUUCGUCAAACGUUUGACGAAAAUCUUAAUCAACUUCAGUGGAUUGAUGAACAGUCAAGAAUCGAAGCCAAGAGAAAAAUUUCAAAGAUUACUGAAAAAGUUGGCUAUCCUGAUUUCUUAGAUAAUAAAACAAAAUUAAAUGAACGUUAUACCGGUUAUUCCAUGAUUGAGAAUGAAUAUUUCGAUAAUGGUAUUAAAGUAUUAGAACGUGAACGUCGCCGGUCUCUUUUAAAAUUUCGACAAAAAGUUGAUCUUACCGAUUGGAGUAUGACACCACGAACAGUGAAUGCUUAUUAUACGCCAUCGGCUAAUGAAAUUGUGUUUCCAGCUGGUAUUCUUCAACCACCAUUUUUUCAUAAAGAUUUACCCAUUUCAAUUAAUUAUGGAGCCAUUGGAACAGUUAUUGGUCAUGAAAUAACUCAUGGUUUUGAUGAUCAAGGUCGAGAAUAUGAUUCGGAUGGAAAUAUGCGUGCCUGGUGGACAAAAUCAGCAUUAGAUAAAUUCGAAGAAAGAACUAAAUGUUUUGUUCAACAAUAUUCAAGUUUUGCGCUUGAUGGACAAAAUGAAAAUGGUCAAAGAACAUUGAGUGAAAACAUCGCCGAUAAUGGCGGUUUAAAAUUAUCUUAUCACACUUAUCAAAAGCAUAAACAACGCACAGUAAAUAGUGGCAAUAAUCUUCCUUUACCUGGUUUAUCAUAUAAUAACGACCAAUUGUUUUUUAUUGCUUUUGCUCAUAGCUGGUGUAAUCUUGAAACUCCGAAUGCCAUGCAUUAUGAUUUAACCAACGAUCCUCAUUCGCCGCCACGUUCACGAAUCAUGGGCACAAUUGCAAAUAGUCUUGAAUUUGCUCAGACGUUUUCUUGUCAAUCAAAAUCAAAUAUGAAUCCGAGUAACAAAUGUCAUUUGUGGUAG